UCAUUAUUAGAUAGAAUUGAACGGAACGUAGCAGUGAUUUUUUUUGGUUAAAUCAAAUUUUUAUGUAUACUCAGCCUCCGAGUGAUCGAUAGGACAAUUGAUCGUUUAAAAUUCUCGUGAAACAUGAUCGCAUGGCGCUGUGAGCACCGUUGUUUGAUUCAUUUGCUUACGCACGACACGAUCAGCAGGUUCAGGGUUCAGUAACGGACGGACGGUAGCGUUAAUAGUCGUGGUAGUGCCUUCGUCGUUAUCGCCGUCAGUAAAUGUAUUGACUUGUGGUUCGACUCGCGUUAUACAGUAUGAAUAAUGUUUUUGUGUCACUGUUUCUAUUCGUCGCGUUAAUUGUUUGUGGACGAUGCACGCAAAGAUCUUUACGAUCAUGGAUGAAUCCCGACUGUGGCGUGAGAUGCCAAGAGAAAAAUAUAACAACAGUUUAUCUGAGAGCCGACGGUCCCAACGACACUUUGCAUUACCUGUGGGAUUUCGACGGGAACCCGUCGGUACUGUUAGCACUCACGUCGACCUCGGCUUACUUGAACAUAAGCUGGGACGAUUAUCUAGCUAAAAAAAGAAAUUCGGUUACGUUUACGGAGGAGCCUGCGUACACCUUUGGCGUAGUUUUAAAUAAGAUCAUAGAAUUUAACGACGUGAACGACACCGGAUUAAUAAAUAUCAAUAAUAUUGUCAAUACGAACACGUUGUAUCCGAUGUUUUUUCAAUGGGACCGUAAGAAUUUGGUUCAAAACAAUGAUUUCGUAAGUUUGAACAUGGAAGGCAGCCACUACAACGACACGGCUAUGGAUAUCACCAGAAACGGAAGCGUGAAACUCACGGUAAAUGUUAAUUAUAUUAUUAAUUCGUAUUCAUUUUCAUUUCAGAUUAUCGAAGUUCGUACACCGCCGUCCAAAAGUAUGGAUAAUUAUCUAUCCGAGGGAGCGUAUUUGCAAUGGAAGCCAGUUUCUUAUACAACUGUAGCUCGCGACACGACGAGUUCGACAGAAACAAUACAGUAUCCACCGAUAAAAGUUUCUAAUCACUCAAGUGCUAUUGCGAACACCAUGUUGUACCGUUAUUACGGAGACAACGUCGAAAAGUUGCUUACGCAAAGAAUUAUCGUAUCGCUAGGGAUGCAGGGAGAUGGUUUUUACAAGAGAACCUAUUAUUCCACGUGGACAUUUUUAAUCGGAUACGGUACACCACCGAACGAGCAAUUUUCAUUCCUGGUAAUUAUGAUUCUGUCCAUCGGUCUAGGCCUUCCAUUGAUAAUUUUCUUCGCCACUGGCAUAUAUCUGUGCGUUCGAAAAAUGUCGCGACGGAGUAGCCAGUAUAUAAGUCAAUGAAUACGCGUUCCUAGCGAUUGUACAUACAUAAGAAGUUUUUAAACGCGUGAUAGAAGAGAGUAUCGUGCACGUUUAGCUGCACUGCCGACGAACCACCGUUAAACUUUACAAAGAGAUUUUCCUAUACAUAUUUAUACGAGGCACAUAUAUAUAUAUUUUUACACGUACCUUCAAAUUGUCAAUUACAAUUUGAACUAAAAAUAUGAAUAAAUAUAUAUAUCAAUGCGAUGCAUACACAUUAUGUACAAAUUUAUACACGAAUCGUUAAUAAAUUAUAAAGAGGCA